AGUCAGCGGUGAUGAUAUUGCUGUUAGCGGGUGGGCCGGGUCUGCCUGUUCAUCCAAGCCCUCCCUCAGCUUUGUGGGAGUGGUGGGCCAUCUGGAAUUACAGCUUGUCCACGGGUUACUGGGCAGGAGAAGAGGCGAUGCAUCACGCAGACACUCACUUGGUCAUCAUGCAUACAGCUCCUUCAUGUGACUGCUGGGAGGUAGCUGCAUUCACGAGUGGUUUCCACUCAGACUGGGAGAACCAACAGAGACAGAAGGAACCUGGAGCCCUGCUGAUGUUCAGAGGUCUGGGAUCUCCAUUAUUCACGCAUUGACGCCUCUCACAGGGGGAGAAACAAAGGCAUUGUUUCGGCCAUGGAAGCAAUUGGAGAAACUUCACUUCCAGAUGAGUCUGGGAGUCAGAGCUUGUGUCCAGACUCUCAGUCAGCAGCUGCAGCCGCCCCGAGCUGGGCCCACCUCCACAAACCCAUCAUAGUGAUGGUGAUGGGGUCUCUGAUGUCUGCUGCCGGCGGCCUCCUCUUCCUGCUCCGGUCCUCAGGGGUGACCGAGGCGUCCAGCUCGGUGGCCUCGGCCUGCCUGUCCAUAGGGCUGAUGUUUGUGGUGGUGGGGCUGGUGUGGAUCCCCAUUCUGAAGGAGAAGCAGAGGAGGAAGCGCUUCAGCCAGGGGGAAUGA